AUGUCGUCCAUGAGUCGAUCAUUUCUCGGACAGCAAGGGACUUUAUUUUUCUCGCGAGACACACGCGGAUCGUACGAGCUAGCACCCGGGCUAGACGAGCCUUACGGUAUAGAUGUGCUCGCACCAGCAUUUGAACCAAGUCAUGGUCAAAAUGAUCCUCGUUACAACCUGUCGCGCGAAGAAGUUCUUAAAGGAUUCGCAAAUCGCUUCGUGCAUUCAACUACGUACUUGUACUUGUAUGCCACGAUGGCUAUUUUAUCGCUGGUAACCGUGAUUUUCUCGCUUGUAUGGACAUGUCCAGGCCCUGCCUUUUAUAUACUCGAGUUACUUGUCAAUGUGGUCUUGGUUGCUGAAGUGUCAGUUCGACUCGUCGCUUAUGGCAAGAAUUUUUGGAAGUCGACUUUCAACAUCAUCGACUUGUGCCUUGUGGCCUUGUGUCUAGUCACGCUAGUGGUUCUCUUUCUCGGACAUGGAUGCUCGCCGUUAUCUCAGCGACCGGGUAUGAGCGAGGAAUUACUAGACAGCGUUCUUUUGAUCGUACGAAAUGUCAUGCAAUGCAUGCGCUUGAUUAGUGUGAUUCGGCGCAGUGGCUACAACGUCUCAACUCGUAUUAUGGCCAUUGACCUUAAUGAUGCGCAUGAUUACAACCUCGAUCUUGACCUUGAAGAAGAAAGCUCACAAGCGCUUCAGCGUAUGCGUGAUGGAGGUGAUCAACGCUCUGGUGAGCGUGGAUGGAGUCCUCAGUCACGCCCUGACACAUUCGUUGCAUCACGUCCGGAUGAUAGUAUUAUAGCUAUGGAUAGUACAGAAAUAGACGAUACGCAUUUAUAG